GCUGUCCUGCAGGUAAACAGCCUCCCUCCCUCCUCGGCCUCCCUGGCUCACACAGGAACAAUAUGGCGCCGGGGGUAGCGUUAGCUUCUGGACCAGUCGUUGUCUGAAAGACCGGCGAUCGGGCAGGAUGAACCUCUGCGCCCAAUAUUUACGCCAGGCAGAGGCCCUGAAGGCUGACAUGACAGACUCCAAGCUGGGGGCGGCAGAGGUGUGGACGUCGCGGCAGGCCCUGCAGGACCUGUACCAGAAGAUGCUGGUGACAGACCUGGAGUACGCUCUGGACAAGAAGGUGGAGCAAGACCUGUGGAAUCACGCUUUCAAGAACCAGAUCACCACCCUGCAGAGCCAAGCCAAGAACCGAGCCAACCCCAACCGCAGCGAGGUGCAGGCCAACCUGUCGCUCUUCCUCGAGGCAGCUAGUGGAUUCUACACACAGUUACUGCAGGAGCUGUGCACGGUGUUCAACGUGGACCUGCCGUGUCGCGUCAAGUCGUCCCAGCUCGGCAUCAUCAGCAAUAAACAGAGCAGCACCAGCGCCAUCGUCACCCCUCAGCCCAGCUCCUGCUCCUACAUCUGCCAGCACUGCCUCGUCCACCUCGGAGACAUCGCACGUUACCGCAACCAGACCAGCCAGGCAGAGUCUUACUACCGCCAUGCAGCUCAGCUCGUCCCGUCAAACGGUCAGCCCUACAACCAGCUGGCCAUCCUGGCCUCGUCUAAAGGCGACCACCUCACCACCAUCUUCUACUACUGCCGCAGCAUCGCCGUCAAGUUCCCCUUCCCUGCUGCUUCCACCAACCUGCAGAAGGCGCUGUCUAAAGCCCUGGAGAGCCGUGACGAGGUGAAAACCAAGUGGAGCGUGUCGGAUUUCAUCAAGGCCUUCAUCAAGUUUCACGGCCACGUCUACCUGAGCAAGAGCCUGGACAAGCUGAGUGCGCUGCGGGAGAAGCUGGAGGAGCAGUUCCAGAGGCUGAUCCUGCAGAAGGCGUUCAGCUCCCAGCAGCUGGUCCACAUCACGGUCAUCAACCUGUUUGAGCUGCACCAGCUGCGGGACGUGACGGCCGACGGCGGCGAGCAGAGCUUCAGCAGCGAGCAGCAGAUCAGCUGGGUGCAGCUGCUGGCGCUCUUCAUGUCCUUCCUGGGUGUGAUGUGCAGCCGCGCUCUGCUCAAUAAGAACCGCGGCGAGGAGAUCAUGGGCGAGUGUCCUCUGCCCGCCAUCAAGGUUUCUCUGGACUGGCUCCGCCUGCGGCCCAGCGUCUUCCACGAGACCGCCGUGGACAAGAGGCAGUACAUCUGGCCCUGGCUCGUCUCCAUCCUCAACAGUUUCCAGCCCAAAGAGGAUGACGUGUCCUGCUCCUCAGCGACGCCCCUGCCGGAGGAGUUUGAGCUGCAGGGCUUCUUGGCUCUCAGGCCUGCUCUCAGGUCUCUGGACUUCACUAAAGGUCACCAGGGCAUCCUGGUGGACCGGGAUGGCCUGCCGGUUCACGCCCGCCACCAGAGGCUGAUCAGCCUGGGGAAGUGGGUGGCCGACAACCAGCCGGGGCUGAUCCAGUGCCAGGUGAGCGAGGACGGCCUGCUCGUCUUUAUCACCGACAUCCCGGAGCAGGCCAUCGAGGAGCCGCAGGAGAAGGAGGCGCCGGUCCUGCAGGAGUCGUCCAACGGCGAGCAAAUGCCCAACGACGGCGGCAACGGCGGCCUGAAGUCGGUGCUGUCGGCGGGGAAGACGCAGGGCGGCGGGCUGGACGGCGGCGACCGGCCCGUCGUCACCUUCAAGGAGAACAUCAAGCCGCGCGAGCAGAGCCGCGAGCCCGUCCGCAACCACCACCAGAAAGACGGCGGCAAGGAGCGCCGCGACUUCAUCAAAGGAAACGGAGCCGCCGGGAAGGGAGAGCUGAAGAGGGACGGCAAGAGGAAGAGCGAGAUGAAGAAGGCCGGCCACGAGAAAACCAGCGAGGCCGGCAAACAGGUGAAAGCUCAGGUGGAGCUGAGGAAGACUCCGGUGUCGGAGGCGAGGAAGACGCCCGUCACCCAGACUCAAACCACCUGCUCCUCCCAGUUCAUCCCCAUCCAUCAUCCUGGAGCCUUCCCCCCGCUGCCCAGCCGGCCCGGUUUUCCUCCGCCGGCCUACGUCAUCCCGCCCCCCGUGGCGUUCCCAGGGCUGCAGGUGAACCCGGGCUUCACCUUCUCCACAGGCGUGUCGGUGCCGGGGCCGUUCCUGCAGCCGGCCGCCCACGGCCAGGCCAGCACGCAGGUGCAGGCGGGGAAGCAGUCCCACAUCCCUUACAGCCAGCAGAGGCCCUCCGGACCGGGACAGGGGCCCACGGGACAGGGGCCGGGGCCGGGGCCCAUGAGCCAGGGCCCGCAGGCCCAGCAGCCCCAGGGCCAGCCGCCCUCCCAGCAGGCCUUGCAGCAGUCGGUGCAGCUGCAGGUGCAGGCGCUCGGCCAGCAGCAGCAGCAGUCGCCCACCAAGCCGGUGCAGCAGGUGGGCAUGGGGAAGAGCCCGCCGCACCACCCCGUCCUACAGCAGCAGUACAUGCAGGUCCAGGACCAGCCGUCUCAGAUGUGGAGCCAGGCCCAGGCGGCUCUGCAGAAGAUGCCGGGCCUGCAGAUGCCGGUGAAGCAGCCUCAGCAGCAGGCCUACUUCCUGCCGCCGCAGGACCCGCUCAAGCUGUACGAGCACCAGCUGCAGCCGGUGGCGCUGCAGGGCCCCCAGCCGCCCGCCCAGCCGCCGCUGCCCGCCAUGGACAAGAAGAUGAAGUACCCCGACGUCAAGAUGCAGGACUUCUACUGGGAGCCGUCCUACCGCAUGGGCGACAGCCUGGCCGUCAUGAACGAGCGCAUGGGAAAGAGGCCUCCGCCGGGCGGCUUCUGCCCCGAGCAGGACGCCGGCGGGCCACGGGGAGCCCCGUUCGAGGACAACAAGAGCUCGCCUCUUCUACCUCCAGACCUGUUAAAAACUCUAGCAGAUUUUGAGGAGGAGGAGGAGCUGGUCUUUACUAAGCCUCCUGAUUUCUACCAGGCCUUGGCCGGCCCUCUUAGCACUGCUCCUGGACCAAACAUAUUUCUGCCAAACCAGUCCAGGAUGGAGAGCGGCACCGAGGUCAUCAGCCAAUCAUCUUCCCUCCUGCCUUUAUCCGGGUUCUCCAUGCAGGAGAACUACCAGAACAACAGCAUCUUCAGCCAGGCCUACGGCAAGAACCUGCCCAACACCAAGCCCGACGCUCCCAUGGUGCACCAGGAGCCCUCGCUCUACUCGCUGUUUGAAGGGACGCCCUGGUCGCCCUCGCUGCCCGCCAGCUCAGACCACUCCACCCCGGCCAGCCAAUCCCCUCACUCCUCCAACCCCAGCAGCCUGCCGUCCUCCCCCCCCACCCACAGCCACGGCUCCCUGCCCUUCUCCAACUUCGGCCCCAUCGGCACCCCGGACAGCCGCGACCGCCGGCUGCUGGACCGCUGGAAGGCCGACAAGAGCGGAAACAUGAGCGGCUUCGGGCUGGACUACCUGCCGGCCGCGGUGUCCUCGGCGGCGUCCGACAGCAGCUGGCACCAGACCGGGCCCACCGGCAGCUCCUGGACCUCCCAGGAAACGCCCAUGGAGGAGUCGUCCUCCACCGUGCUGCUGGACAGCCUCAAGUCCAUCUGGUCGAGCUCCAUGAUGCAGCCGGGCCCGUCGGCGCUGGAGCAGCUCCUCCUGCAGCAGAAGCAGAAGCAGCAGCGAGGCCACGGCACCAUGAACCCGCCGCACUGAGCGCCAGGCCGGGCAGCAACUUUGUGUCCAAGACGUCAAAACCACCAGGAGAAAACCAGGAGGGAAAAAAAGAAGUUGACGAAGACGAAGCUCCGACAAAAAUGGUAAAAUUAACCGGCGAACGGUGGAGGCUGGGGAGGCGGAGCGACCCCCCGGCGAGGCUGAAACACCACCCCCACCCCCCCUCGGCUGACGGGGGGAGCGGUGACGCCCCUCCUGACUCGGAGGUGCGCGGGAUUAAGCGUCUCUUCAAAACCGCGGUGCCGAGCGCCACGCCACCGCCGGGUUUCCUUCAACCCGCGCGAUUCUGAACUUUGAGGAAAUCUGAACAUAAACCCCACCACCACCACCACCACACCUCCACACCACCACACCCCCCAUCGGACAGACCCCCACAUCUCCAGGACUCCUUUCUGAUCGGGAAGAACUGACCUUUUUUUUUUUUUUUUUUUUUUUUCUCUUUGGGAAAACGAUUCGACUUCCCGGGAUUGACGGCUCGUUGCGGAAUGAAGCGAAUCUCUUUUGCGUUUUUCCGCGGCCGCAGGUGGGAAGCGGUUUGGUCUCGGUGAGAGAGCGAAGGCGGUGUGGUGGCUCGCUGCGAGGGGGAGGAGGAAGGCGGGUGGGCCUUUUUAGCGAGCGUAGGAAGAAAAACACAGACUGCUCUUUCUGAUCUGAUCUCUCAUUCAUUUUCAUUACCUGGGAGGAGGAGGAGGAGGAGGAGGAGGAGGAGGAGGCGGCGGCUCUUUGUAGCUGUUGGGUUGGAUGAAGGACGGACGCUGUGCCACAGCUGGUUGACAGUUUAAAACCUAACUGGUGAAGAAGCAGAAGCCUCUGUUAGCACAGACGCUGCUUUGUGAGGACUGAGGGAAGCGGACGCGGCUUCGGGACGCCAGGUCUCCGCCCGGCGCCUGCACUGCCGUCUGGACUUUAUGUUUUUUCUGUUUUUUGGGGGGGGCGAAGCGUCCGCAGGCCCAAACAGCACGAGACUGCCCCCUGUGGCCAGCCGACGCUACAGCCAUAUGUAGAGGAACACAGAUGGAAAUAUGAGGGGGGGGUGAAGAAAAAAAAAUACACAUCAGUCUUAGGGAUAGUAUUAUCGUUAGCUGCAAGAGAUUGCAAAUAUUUAACAAAAAAAAAACAAAAAAAAAAAACUGUAUUUUGUGAUUUGUUCGUAGCAGUUUUAGCUUCAUGAACUAAAUAUGUCGAAUAGUUUCCUGCUUAAAGGGGGAAUCUGUAUAUUUGUGGAUUCACCUCUCCUAUUGCUCUCCCUCUCUCUCUCUCUCUCUCCCUCUCUCUCUCUCUCCCUCUUUCCCGUUUUUCUUUGAGUAAAGAAAAAAACACAAUAAUGUAAUCCUGCUAGCCUAACCUACAUUAAUCUUUUUUUUUUUUUUUUUUUUUUUUUUUUGGUUCAUGUUCUGCCUUUUUAAUAGUUUUAAGCUUCGUCGGCUCUCUGUGCCUGCUCAGUGUCUGUUUACUACUGCUGUCGUAGUUAGCACGCUCACCGCCGGACAAAACACACACACACACACGCUCACACACACACACACUCACUCACACACACUCACACACACAGACAGACGGGUAGCUGGCUUGUCGUAGCUCCACUAACUCCUCAACAUCUCCACUCCGGCUGCAGAGCCGGCGUGGAGCCCCGGCGCUCCGUGUAUAGCUCUUAUUUUAUAUCAGUCCUCCUGUCGGCUCCCAGCGGAGGCCACCAGUUUGCCCUGUAGCUCUGCUUUUAACUAACCAACUACUAACCAUUAUGUUGGGGUAAGAGGGUGGGGGGGUGGGGGGCUUUACACAGCAUCAGUCCUGGCUAACGUAGGGCCAAUCACAAGCACUGACCAAUCAGGAGGCUCCGUGGUCCGGGGUCAGAAAGCUCUGUAAGUUAUUUCCAGUCUGGUCCCGAGCAGCAGAAAAGGCAUUUUCUACCUGAGAAGUGAAACCAGACUCACUCUUUAGUUCUGAGGGAUUAAAUAAUAACAAUAGGAAAAAAAAAAAAAAAAAAGAAAAGAUAAAAAGAGCCUGUUUUUAUUUUCCCGUAGAGGACGUUUUAUUAAAGCAAGACUUCAAAUGAUGUGUCUAUUUUCUGUGUGAUUGUGCUUUUCAUGUUGCAUUUACAGAAACAUGUUUGGGGAAAAAAAAAAAAUCAAAUAAAAGAUGAGAUGUUACACCGGACUGAAUGUGGGGACGAGGCGCU